AUGUCUUGGUUAUUGAGCCCGUUACGAAGGCGAGGAUGUCUGCUCGUAAUGGCAGCCGUCGUAUUGGUACCAUUCAGUUUUAUGGUUCUGGUUUCCGGACCAGAUCCAGGAGCGGAGCAGAGCCUCUCUCAGCGAUUAGCAGAGCUCCAGGUCCGCCUGCAAUAUUUGGAGGCGAUGUACCGAGCUCGUCAGGAAGACGUCACGCUUUUGGCUCAACAUUUAGGGCAGCAGAAGCUACUUUUAGCCGCUGCAGCUACCGGAGCAGGAGUAGUUGGUCCGACAGCUGAAGAAAAUGCUUCUACUACUAAUGGAUUGCUGGAUUCAUUGAGCAACGAAGCAAGGUCCUUACUCCGAAAUAUGACAUUUCUUCGGCCCGGUUUCAAUGUUUCUACAACUUUGAGGGUGCCAACGGCAUAUAAUUUUUUGCCUCAUCUUUUGGACGAUGCUAACAGUUUGAGACCCGCUUUUUUACUCACAAAGGGCAGGACCGGAGUAUCCGUAGCACUUGAUCCAGGAGCGGAGCAGAGCCUCUCUCAGCGAUUAGCAGAGCUCCAGGUCCGCCUGCAAUAUUUGGAGGCGAUGUACCGAGCUCGUCAGGAAGACGUCACGCUUUUGGCUCAACAUUUAGGGCAGCAGAAGCUACUUUUAGCAGCUGCUGCCACCGGAGCAGGGGUAGUUGGUCCGACAGCUGAAGAAAAUGCUUCUACUACUAAUGGAUUGCUGGAUUCAUUGAGCAACGAAGCAAGAUCCUUACUCCGAAAUAUGACAUUUCUUCGGCCCGGUUUCAAUGUUUCUACAACUUUGAGGGUGCCAACGGCAUAUAAUUUUUUGCCUCAUCUUUUGGACGAUGCUAACAGUUUGAGACCCGCUUUUUUACUCACAAAGGGCAGGACCGGAGUAUCCGUAGCACUUGGUAUUCCGACUGUGAAAAGAGACAAACAAAGUUAUCUAAUGACAACUCUCCAAAAUUUGAUGGAAGCCAUGAGUGAAUCAGAAGCUGAUGACUCCAUAGUUAUUGUUUUUGUGGCAGAAACCGAUUUGGAUUAUGUGCUUUUAGUUGCCAAACAAAUAGAAUUGAGGUUUCCUAAACAGGUUUCUUCUGGUUUACUAGAAGUCCUAGCACCACAUCCCUCUUAUUAUCCAAAUUUGGACAAAUUAAGGAUAACCCUAGAUGAUCCUAUCGAACGAGUCAGAUGGAGAACGAAGCAAAAUUUGGAUUUUGCCUAUUUAAUGACCUAUGCUCAAACUAAGGCCACGUUUUAUGUACAAUUAGAAGACGAUAUCUUGGCUAAGAAAAAUUUUAUUUCUUCCAUGAAGAAUUAUGCCAUCGAAAAAACCGCGAGGAAGGAACCGUGGUUCGCGUUGGAUUUCUGCCAACUGGGAUUUAUUGGUAAAAUGUUCAAAUCAGCUGAAUUACCGUGGUUGAUCACAUUUUUUCAAAUGUUCUAUAAUGAUAAACCUGUGGACUGGUUACUGGAUCAUCUGAUUUCCACAAAAAUAUGCAAUUGGGAGAAAGAUAGUAAACAUUGUAAGAAAGAAAAGGCAAAAGUGUGGAUACAUUACAAACCAAGUUUGUUCCAACACAUAGGAAUGCAUUCGUCCCUUAAAGGAAAAGUUCAAAAGUUGAAGGAUAAACAAUUUGGAAAAGUACCCUUAUACAUUCCUCACAAAAAUCCUCCAGCAGAUGUCCAGACAGGAAUAGCAGCCUACAAGCAGAACACUUUGGCAAAAGCUUAUGCAGGAGAGGGAUACUUUUGGGGUCUUUUGCCAGAACCAGGAGAUAGUCUUCUAUUUAAAUUUAAACAACCAAUUGCAGUAAAGAGUUAUCUUUUCCGAAGUGGUAACGCAGAACAUCCAUCAGACAGAUUCUACAAUACUACUGUAGAAGUCUUACCAGCAUCUCCAAAAGUGAUUUAUGAUGUCGGAUCUCGCUACAAUUCCACAAAUGAUGGUUUUAUAAUUGUAAGUAAGUUUGAUUCUACUGGUCUAGCUUAUGGUACUCUGGACGAUCCUGAAUUUGGAAAAAUUGCUGCUAUCAGACUUAAGGUACAUGCUGAUUCUGAAAACUGGGCGAUACUAAGCGAGAUCCAUAUAGUAAGUGAUGAAAACAGUGACCUUUUAUCAAAUCGAUAA